AUGGAAGCUGUAGAGAAUGACUUUGACAUCAAUGAUGAUGAAUGUAUAGAAUUCGAAAUCAUUGAAAGGUCUAAAGAAGCCUCAAUAACAUUGCCUCAACAAAUUCGUUGUUUGUGCCAUACGUAUAUAUUACACGAACGAAAAGGGCUUGAUUCAACGGGCGUCAUAUUUCAAUACUAUAAUCGGGUUCCUUAUUAUCCUUAUUACGACUGGUCAUUGAAGCGAGUCAAAUCAGCUCCGAAUUAUCAGAUCCCUAUCAGUUCUUGGCUGGGAAUCAAAAAUAAAAUGGCGUCAGACCUUGAGUCAUCUCACGAUACAAAUACGAAUAAUGACAAAAAUUUAAGCUUGGCAUAUAAGAUUAAAUUACGCGGGAGAGACAUAGAUGAAUAUGAUUCCGUUAAUUAUAUCAUGAAUAAACUUGAAGAAAAAACGUCAGCCGAUAAUAAUAUGAAGAUAAUAAAAACGCGUAAACCAUGGAAUGGGUUAUUUCAAAAUGAUAUUGUUUUGACUCAGUUAACAGCCUUUCAUGCGAUUCAGAAUAAUGUGAUAACAAAAACGAUCUCCCGAGUCUAUCCAACGUGGAAAAAUAACUUGCCCAUAAAAUAUCAAAUUUCAGAAUUGGACGAUGAAACGGUAACUGACUCUAUAGAAAAGGCUAUCAAGAUGUGGGAAAAUGAAACGUGUAUUAGGUUUACUAAAGUUGAACAGGGCUCCGAGGAUUAUCUAAAUUUUUAUAGUGGAGCAGGAUGUUGGUCUUACAUUGGAAAAACGGGUGGAGAACAAUUAAUAUCCGUUUCCUCAAAAUGUCCCGAAGCCGGAGAAAUCGCUCAUGAGUUAGGCCACGCUUUGGGAUUGUGGCACGAACAAUCGCGACCGGACAGAGAUUUUUACGUGGAAGUGUUAUACGAAAACGUAGAGCAAGGUUAUUCCAAGGAUUUCGCCAAAUCUCCUAAAAUUAAUACCAAACCUAACCCUGUCCCUUACGAUCUUUCAUCUUUAAUGCACUAUGAUCCAUUGACCUUAUCAAGCAAUGGAUUGCCAACGUUAAAAACUAUCAACCCUCGACAUCAACCAGCUAUGGGAAACAGAGAAUACAUAACAUUUUCUGAUGCCAAAACAAUCAACAACGAGUAUUGUUCGGGUAUACACAGUUUAAAAUACUAUAUUUUACCUAAAAUUCCAAAUCUCUUUAAAAAAAAUCUUUUAUACGUUAAUCUUAUUUUGUGA